AUGUCUCUACCUCCUCUCGUCUUCUUUUCUCUUACCCCUGAAGAUGACAACGAUGAUCUGUAUCCCACAUCACCCCAGGAUUACAAAAAUGAAGAGUGUACCUGGAUUGACGAUUCUGAAUGCCAAGAAAACCUGUUCCAAAUCAUCUCAUUGACGCCAGAAGAGACCAUCAUUGACAAAGACAACCACAUUCAAGCAUCGUUCAAGCUUUUCUUUGAGGAAUUGGGCUAUCUCACAGAAGAACCAGAGCCCAUUGAUCCAAAUCGUGAUUAUGAACAAGAGGCAAAAGAUCUCAUGAGUCAGCGUGAUAGAAAAGCCCGUCAGAAGCAUGUAGAUCUCUUUUGUCUACCUUCGCUAGAUUCCUCAAGAUCUGGAUUAUCGUCAUCUUCGUCGUCGAUCCAUCAUGAGCACCACAUUGAUAUCAGAUCACCCCAUUACAUGGGCCAAACACAUCAUGCACAUACCAGCAAAGACCCCAAUCUGUCAUAUCACUAUGGAUAUCAUCAUCAUCACAAUUACCACCAUCAUCUUCAUCAUCAACAAAGACCAAGUAGACUACAUUAA